AUGUCUAUUAAAGGAUUCCGCGAUGUUCGACUCUACAACCAGGCCUUGUUGGCAAAAAUAGCAUGGCGACUCAUCACUAAGCCUGAUUGUCUCCUCUCCCGUAUCCUCCAAGGCAAGUAUUGCCAUAAGACUUCAUUUUUGAAGGUUACAUCGGCACCUUCUUCCUCACAUGGCUGGAAGGGGAUCCUGUGGGGAAGAGAUCUUCUCCUACGACAUCUAGGGAAGGUUAUAGGCAAUGGGGAGAAUACAAGAGUCUGGGCUGAUAAUUGGAUUGGAGAUAAUCUCAUUCGCAGAGGAAUCAAUAGGAACACCACCUGUCUGAGGUGUGGAGAACAAGAAACCCUCAACCACUUGUUCUUUCUCUGCCCUUUUGCCACCAAAGUCUGGGAAACCGCGCCUUGGACAUCCACUUUCGACUCAUCGCAGAGUAUUUCGUUCAGAGAGGAACUCCAGACCUCCUUGCACCGAGUCACGUUACCACCAGUGGGUACCAUUUCCAACAUCUUUCCAUGGAUUGCCUGGGGCCUCUGGUUGAGUAGGAACCAGUUGAUAUUUGAAUCCAAAACCCUAUCUCAUCAACAGAUUGUCAACAAAGCUAUCGUAUCUUGCAAGGAAUGGGAAAGCGCUCAAGGGACUGUACCUAAGCCUAUUAAUACGAAAGCUACCCCUCAUAGGAGCCCUGAUCUGACAGCAGAUACUGUUAUCUGUCAUACAGACGCAGCGUGGAACAAAGAACAUAAAGUUGCGGGUCUCGCGUGGAUCUGCUCCACUCCUGACUCAAUCGAGAUUUCCCGCGGCUCCUCCCUUCAAAGCGCGGUGGCUUCUCCCCUCAUGGCGGAGGCGCUGGCGGUACGAGAAGCUCUACGACACGUUUCGUUGCAAUCCUACAAACGCAUCUGGCUACGCUCAGAUUCCCAAGGGCUUAUUACAGCCAUCAACUCGAAUCUCCCAUCGAUAGAACUCUACGGUAUUUUAUCGGAUGUCGAUUCGAUUGUUUCUUCUGAUUUCAAUUCUGUUUCUUUCUCGUUUAUGUCAAGAAACCAAAAUGGGCUUGCAGACUCUUUGGCAAAGGCCUGCCUAUGUAUGAACCCUUCUGGAUUGGGCCUCUAA